AUGGACCCUGAGGUUUCACUACUGCUGGACUGUGCAGACUGUAAAGGACUCAGGAAGUCUCAGGUACAAGUGGAACUCUCAGAACGGUAUAACAGGCAAACAGAUGCAGCGCUUGAAGACCACAUUGAGAAGUUGUGGACACAGAGAAUCGCUAAAGAGCCCUGGAUUUUUAAUGGAGCGAAGUUUAGACUACACUCUUUCCAGUGGUGGAGGAAAAAGAACCCAGAAUCACAGGCUAUAGACGGAUAUAACAAAAGCUAUGAAAACAAACUUGUGGACUGCAGAGAUGGAGAUGCAUGUUCAGCAUUGUCCAGAGAUGAACACACCAAGAAUAAAACUGCAAUGCCAGCAAAAGAAACUCAGAAGGAAGAAGGCUGCAUCCUUGUUCUGCAACUAGGCCUUACCUCUUAUAAAGAUUACCUCGGUACAAACUGGUCUGAACAGGCAGAGGAGCUGUGUCGACGUGGGCUGGUGGAGUUUGGUGAACCACGGUCGCUCCUCGCUCAGCCCCUGGGAGUAGGUGCCGUUCUGUGCACAGCAGAUGAGCAGAUAGUUUUCAUCAGAAGAAGCCAGACUGUUGCAGAGGCAGGUGGCCAACUUGACAUCCCAGGAGGACACCCUGAGCCAAAGAUUGUGUGUGAGAAUUUGGGUGUGAAGAUUUGUGACAAGAUCAGCGUUGACAUGUUGAGUCCGGUAGCUGUUGCGACAGAACUGUUUUCAUCGGUUGCUGCAGAGAUCCGUGAUGAGAUAAACAUUCCUUUGAAUUUCCUUGGAGAGCCAGUGUUGAUGGGAAUUGCACUAAAUCAUACAAGUGCAGGUCGACCAAGUGCAGAGUUUUACAUCAGAUGUUCACUGACUUCGGACCAAGUCAAAGGGUUGUACUUGAAAGGUGGUGCUGAGGCAAAUGAGUCAACUGAUAUCAUGUUUGUCAACAAACAGACUGUGCUGCAGUUGGAUCAAAAAUCUCAUUUGUGGCCUGAGCUGUGCCCUUCAGCCAAAGGAGCCAUUCUACUUUAUCAGAUGGUGAAGCCAGACGAAGAAGUGAACUAA